UUUUUAGUGCCAUCGGAUUCAUUUCUCAUUCGAACUCUAGAAUGGAAAGGUGGCAGAAUAAGUUGGCUAUAGUAACUGGUGCCAGUGGAGGCAUCGGAGCGGCAUGUGCUAAGGCAUUGGUUGGAGCUGGGCUGAGAGUUGUGGGUCUAGCUAGAAGGGAACAAAAGCUUAAGGAGCUCAGGGAAAGUCUUCCGGCAAGUCUUCGGUCAAAUUUUAUCCCAAGAAAAUGUGAUGUCUCCAAAGAGGAUCAGGUUAUUGAUGCCAUCGACUGGACUGAAAAGCAACUGGGUGGAGCAAGUGUUUUGCUCAAUAAUGCAGGAAUUACACGAGAAACUGAACUUGUAACACCCGGGAACACACAAAAAAUUCGUGAAGUUAUCGACACAAAUGUGAUGGGUGUAUUGUGGUGCACUCGGGAAGUAUUCAAUCGGAUUAAGGUGCGUGGUGACGAGGGUCAUAUUCUGAUAAUCAACAGCAUUGCUGGACAUCAAGUAUUGAAUUUCAUCGAUGUCCUGCCGUCAUUCAAUAUUUAUCCGUCCACGAAAUUUGCCAUAACUGCCAUGACAGAGACAUAUCGACAAGAGUUUCAAUUGCACAAAGCUAAUGUGAAAAUUACAGGAAUCUGUCCAGGUGCAGUAAAUACAAACAUUUUUCCAGAAGAGAUACAUUUCUUUGUGAAAGAUAUGGCUAGACUUAACCCUGGCGAUAUUGCAGACGCUGUUUUGUAUGCAUUAAGGACUCCACCUAACGUUCAGAUUCAUGAAAUUACUGUGAAACCAAUGGGCGAAAUAUUUUGAAAACAUAACUUU